GUUGUUGGUACAGCAGUUGAUGGAUUUGUUCAUUACGGUUUACCUUGGAUGGGUAAAAAAGCAGUUGAAAUGGGACGAUAUGGAGCAAGCGAGUUAAUGAGAAAUAAAAAUCUUCAGAAGAAAGCUGUAAAUUAUGGGAUUAGUAAACUCACUCCAUUUAUUCAAGAUUCUGUUGGAACAGCCAUGGACCAGUUAUCAACAAAAGUAAGACCAAAAAAUAAAUAUAAAACUGAUAGACCAGAAUUAGAUGGAAGAGGAAUAGAUAUUCACAAGCAGAUUGGUAAAUUACCAAAACCAAAAGGUGGAUGGACCUUACCAGGGCAUAAAUAUACAGGUCCUUAUAACGAUCUCGAAAACCAAGUAAGA